AAGCGCGAGAGAUUUCAGCCUCGGUUCCUGUUGGUUCUGAGUUUUAAGACAGAAUAGCGGAUCUCAAACUAAUUUGGUGACAACUUCCUCUCAGGAGCGUCAUUUUUCUAAAGCGACGAGUUCUGCCACCGAUGACAUGCCGCGUUUGUUUACAACAUUGAGCGUCGUUGGAUCUUUUAUACCUAACUGAUGCGUUGUUUCAAAAUGCUUGCGGAGUUUGUGCGUAAAAGUGCGCGCUUCUCCGUUGCGCACCGCGCUCGCUUCCCGUGCCAUCUUCAUCUUCAUCUUCAUCUGAGCUAAGCAGCAGUUCGGCCGUCCACCCACCCCGAAAAUGGCUGAGCUCGGUCGCUCCCGCAGGGGCUCCACAGGUGCGCCUCUAACGGGGAUGUUGUGCGUCUUGGUCCUCGUGUGCGUCUCCGUGGCCUCCGCGAGUCGUGAUGUCGGAAACAACGAGACGCGGAGAGACGCUGCCGGAGAGGAAUCGCCUCAUCUAACGAACUCCACAAGCCGCGAGAAGGUUUUCCCCGUCCUCGCCCUCAACUACGACCACGUCAGGAAGCCCUUCGAGAUCGCGCUGUGGAUCCUUCUGGCUCUGCUCAUGAAACUCGGUUUUCACAUCAUCCCCAGAGUGUCGAACGUUGUCCCAGAGAGCUGCCUGCUGAUCGGCGUGGGUCUGCUGGUGGGCGGCAUCAUCAGAGCCAUCAGAGAGGAAGCGCCCGUCCUCGACACCAAGCUCUUCUUCCUCUACCUGCUGCCUCCCAUCAUCCUCGACGCCGGCUACUUCCUGCCCAUCCGGGCCUUCACGGAGAACAUGGGCACCAUCCUGGUGUUCGCGGUGGUGGGGACCCUGUGGAACGCCUUCUUCAUCGGCGGGAUGAUCUACGGCGUCUGUCAGAUCGAAGGGGCCCAGCUGGCCAGCGUGGACCUGCUGUCCUGCAUGCUGUUCGGCACCAUCGUCUCGGCCGUGGACCCCGUGGCCGUCCUGGCCGUGUUCGAGGAGAUCCACAUCAACGAGCUGCUGUACAUCCUCGUGUUCGGCGAGUCGCUGCUCAACGACGCCGUCACUGUGGUUCUGUAUCACCUGUUUGAGGAGUUCUGUCACGCAGGAACUGUGACGGUGGUCGACAUCUUACUCGGCGUCGUCUGCUUCUUCGUGGUUUCACUGGGAGGAAUCCUGGUGGGAGCCAUCUACGGCCUCCUGGGUGCCUUCACCUCCCGCUUCACCUCGCACACCCGGGUCAUCGAGCCGCUGUUUGUCUUCCUCUACAGCUACAUGGCGUACCUCUCCGCUGAGGUCUUCCACCUGUCAGGCAUCAUGUCGUUGAUAGCGUGCGGCGUGAUAAUGCGGCCCUACGUGGAGGCCAACGUCUCCCACAAGUCGUACACCACCAUCAAAUACUUCAUGAAGAUGUGGAGCAGCGUGAGCGAGACGCUCAUAUUCAUCUUCCUCGGCGUUUCCACGGUGGCCGGUCCUCACGCCUGGAACUGGACCUUCGUCGUUUUCACCGUGGUCUUGUGUCUGGUGUCCAGAGUGCUGGGAGUCAUCGGCCUCACGUUUAUCAUUAAUAAAUUCCGCAUCGUGAAGUUGACCAAAAAGGACCAGUUCAUCAUGGCCUACGGGGGCCUGCGAGGCGCCAUCGCCUUCUCACUGGGCUUCCUGCUGACCGAAAACGAGACGAAGAGCAUGUUCCUCACGGCCAUCAUCACCGUCAUCUUCUUUACCGUCUUUGUGCAGGGAAUGACGAUCCGGCCUUUGGUGGAGCUUCUGGCCGUGAAGAGGAAGAAGGAGGGCAAAGAGUCAAUUAAUGAGGAGAUUCACACGCAGUUCCUGGAUCACCUCCUCACGGGAAUCGAAGACGUCUGCGGUCAUUACGGACAUCAUCACUGGAAGGACAAGCUGAACCGCUUCAACAAGACCUACGUGAAGAAGUGGUUGAUCGCGGGCGAUCGCUCCUCCGAGCCUCAGCUCAUCUCCUUCUACAACAAGAUGGAGAUGAAACAGGCCAUGAUGCUGGCGGAGAGCGGCAGCGCCGGCAGGCUGCCCGCGCUCAUGUCAACCGUGUCCAUGCAAAACAUCCAGCUGAAGCAGUCGGCCAGAGGACGAGCGAUCCCGAGUAUCUCCAAGAGUCGUGAGCAAGAGAUCAGGAAGAUUCUCCGGGGAAACCUGCAGAACACCAGACAGCGGCUUCGCUCCUACAGCAGACACGACCUGUUCAUGGACCCGUUUGAGGACAACGUGAGUGAAGUGCGCUUCAGGAAGCAGCGCGUGGAGAUGGAGCGGAGGAUGAGUCACUACCUCACAGUUCCUGCAAACCGCCAGGAACCACCGGCAGUGAGAAAAGUUUGCUUUGAACCAGAGCACCGGGUCUACACUUACGAUGACAGCGAGAGUCCCCGAGGGCCCGCGGCUCGGCCGCGUCCCGGCCCCCCCGAGACCGUCGGCCUGUUGAAAGAAACCCUCCCGAGGCCCAAUCAGAGCGGCGAGUGCAGAACCAAAGCGCGGGAGGAGCAGGAGGCGCAGGAGGAGCAGGACCCCCUGAAACUAUCGCGCUGCCUGAGUGACCCCGGGCCAAACAAGGAGGACGAUCUAUCACGAUGAAGCGCAGAAUUUACCUCGUUCUGAAAUCGGAGGACGGAUCUCCUGGUGAUGGAUUCAAUGAGUGGAGAUUCCUGCCGUAGCAAAGCUUGAUAACAUUUUUCCAGAAGUUCGUAAGGAUUUUUAACCAUGCAACAUAUUACCAAAGCAUGCCACACCGGCUAUUUGCAUUACAGACGGGAGAGAGUCAUUUGUUUGUCUCAACAAGCAGACAUCCAUCAUACAGGAAAGAAAAUGAAAAGGUCACUUGUUUUAACAAGCUUGAGGCAUCCGAUGUUCGGGCGUGAGCCCUAAAAGCACAGCGUAAAGAAUCCACACAAUGUGAUGUUACUAUCAGAUGUAUCUUUUAUAAAGAAGAUUACUUCCAAAGAUGUGUCUGGUGUUCGAGGCCGACGACGCCUUCAUAUUAAACCUAUUUGUCCCACAUUACUUGCAGAUACCUACACUGUUUAAUUUAUAAGUCAAAGCGAAAGUAACAAAUAUUGUUGACGUUGCUGAAUGACUGAUGGGUGUUUCUCUGGGACCCGUAACAGUAUUAAGACCUCUGCAGAAAGAAAACAAGUGUCUCUGUCCUCAUAAUGUGACUGAUUUGUGAGCUUCUGUAACAUUCCAGCAGUAUUUGAGUUGGUGAUUUUGUUUUUGUGUGACGCGACUCUGCGUAUCUGUGUUGCUGGUUACGGAGAAUGCUUCAAGGUUAAAGAGGUGAAUAUUUAAUCCUUAACGUCUGCUGCCUGCACAUGUUUGCCUUAAAACGUAUUGCUUACCGUGUGUUAUCCAGCGCAAGUAUUUUUCUAUUGUGAAGUUACGAACAUUUACAAACGAAGGAGAGCUUUAAAGCCUGUAUGAAAUAAAGAAUGUCAUUGCUUAA